CCACCUUUCUGAGCGUCAUCUUGCCCAGCCCCAAACUAAGGACGCGUGCUGCUUCUCUUCUAAUUUCCUUCGCUCACGUUUGAUCGACUUUGAUCCAUCUGUCAGAACUUCACCAGCCAAGUAUCUUGAUUCGAGCGAUACAAGAGGAUGUGGUGAAGCAUCGUGAAUGCAUGAUACGGCGACGCUCCCUUAUCGCAUACAGAAGCAAGCUAAUAAUUUGAUACUUGCCACUUCUCGCUUCGUGACUCUUGGCUCAUUUCGUGCAGCUCGCCAGACCCUUCCAUCCGCGUGCACGCGUGCGCACACAUUUACCGCGCACCAAUAUCUUGUGGACCCUGAUGCGAAGACUCAUGCAACACGCGCGGGUCAGGAGACGGCCGUAGAUGACUUCGAGCAACCCUCGAGCGAGACACUCUUGACUUCAACGUUGACAGGUUGGCCUGGCCACCGCGAGCCAGGCACAACAUGCUCAACUCAUAUCGUUUGACCUUAAGGUUCGCAGACUGCGGCACAUUGAGUGCACAAUCAAGUGUCCAUUUCUGACGGUGACUAGAGGGCUACGAAGGAGACGAAAAGCGAUGAUCCUCGCCAGGGCUGACGUCUCGAGGCAGAAUGCGAACAGAGGCAAGGACAAGCGUUCUCGCCUUGAGACCGCACGAGCACUGUCGCUUGCUUCUCUGGAGAAAUGUCAUGAGUUAGGAGCACAAGUACAGGUUGUAUGGAUGUGCGGAAGGCGAGGUAAGGCCGAGCACGCCGCGCUCGAUGACGUGAAAGGACGUCGAGUGCACCU